GCGGUGGCGGGGCGGCCAUUGGUCCCUGUAAGUGGCCCGGAGCAGCACGUUCGGCUGAGCGCGACUAUAUAGCUGGCGGCGGGCACGCGUGCCGCGGCAUCGCGCUAGGGACGCCGCCACCUAAUCCCGCGCAUCAGCCCGGUCCUCCCGCUCAGCCGCGCAGGUUGAAUCGACCAAAGCGAUGGUUAUGGAGAAGCCUAGUCCCCUGCUGGUCGGGCGGGAGUUUGUGCGACAAUACUACACCCUGCUAAACCAGGCCCCAGACAUGCUGCACAGAUUUUAUGGAAAGAACUCUUCCUAUGCCCAUGGGGGCUUGGAUUCCAAUGGGAAGCCAGCGGAUGCAGUCUACGGGCAGAAGGAAAUCCACAGGAAAGUGAUGUCACAAAACUUCACCAACUGCCACACCAAGAUCCGCCACGUGGAUGCUCACGCCACUCUGAAUGAUGGGGUGGUGGUCCAAGUGAUGGGGCUACUGUCCAACAACAACCAGGCUCUGCGCAGAUUCAUGCAGACCUUUGUCCUUGCUCCUGAGGGCUCUGUUGCCAACAAGUUCUAUGUUCACAACGACAUCUUCAGAUACCAAGAUGAAGUCUUUGGUGGCUUUGUCACUGAACCUCAGGAUGAAUCUGAGGAAGAAGUAGAAGAACCUGAAGAAAGACAGCAGACACCUGAGGUGGUGCCUGAUGAUUCUGGGGCUUUCUAUGAGCAGACAGUCAGCAACGACUUGGAGGAGCAUUUAGAGGAGCCUGUUGUGGAGCCAGAGCCGGAACCAGAGCCAGAGCCGGAACCGGAACCUGUGCCUGACAUCCAGGAGGACAAGGCUGAGCCUGUGUUGGAGGAAGCUGCUCCCGAGGAUGUGCAAAAGAGUGCUUCCCCGGCCCCAGCGGAUGCUGCCCCAGCACAGGAGGACUUAAGGACGUUUUCUUGGGCGUCUGUCACUAGUAAGAACCUUCCUCCCAGUGGGGCUGUUCCAGUGACAGGGACACCACCCCAUGUGGUAAAAGUGCCGCCUUCACAGCCCCGUCCAGAAUCUAAGCCUGAAUCUCAAAUUCCACCACAAAGACCUCAGAGAGAUCAGAGAGUUCGAGAGCAACGGAUCAAUAUUCCUCCUCAGAGGGGACCCCGGCCAAUCCGUGAGGCUGGCGAACCAGGAGAUGUGGAACCUAGAAGGAUGGUGAGGCACCCUGACAGUCAUCAGCUCUUCAUCGGGAACCUGCCACAUGAGGUUGACAAGUCGGAACUGAAGGAUUUUUUCCAAAAUUAUGGGAACGUGGUGGAGCUGCGCAUUAACAGUGGCGGGAAGUUGCCCAACUUCGGUUUUGUUGUGUUUGAUGAUUCUGAGCCUGUUCAGAAGGUCCUUAACAAUAGGCCCAUCAUGUUCCGAGGCGCAGUCCGUCUGAACGUGGAGGAGAAGAAGACAAGAGCUGCUAGGGAAGGCGACCGCAGGGAUAACCGCCUUCGGGGACCCGGAGGUCCCCGUGGUGGGCCGAGUGGUGGGAUGAGAGGCCCUCCUCGAGGAGGCAUGGUGCAGAAACCAGGCUUUGGUGUGGGCAGGGGGAUUGCAACUCCAAGGCAGUGAAUUACUUGGCCCAGAUCUCCACACAGCACACAGCCCUGGCUCCUGCAGAAUGGUGAAUUCCUUCAACCAGCCUUUGGUGUCUUGGAGUAGUCUAUUAUAAACUGCUCGAGUUUGUACAAUUUUAAUUUCGCUUGUGUUCAUGGUGUGUGCCCCCCACGCCCCCUUUCCUCCCCCUGACCUUUUAGUCCUUCACUUCCAGUUUUCCGGAACGAUACUUUAGGAGGAGUAGGAUUUUAAAGAAGAGGAGGGAGUCUCACCUUCCUGCUCACGCUGCAGAUACAGACUGGAGUGUAACGGCCAUUCCCCAAAGGAGCACGUCUCACUUCUCAGUGACAAUGGAUGUUUCAUUUGUUGGGAGACACAGGAUUUGAUAAACAUUUUGGAAGCAGGAAAAAUCCAUAUUAUCUGUCAAGAGUCACGACUCCUUUCUGGUGUGGAAAAAUUGCCUUUUGGCAACUGCCACUGGGUUCCCGCUGGUGUGGCUAGCUGAAUAAAAGGUGUUUCCAGAACUUUAUUCUUUUGACAUGUGAUUACCAAACAGUUCCAAACCUCUGUUUUUACCAUUGGAUUUUAAAUUGUGACAUAGCCUGUCAAUGUCUAGAACGCAGCUAAGGAUUUCUGUUGAACUGUUAGUUUUUUUGAGGUAGAGUUUUUCAUGUUUUAUUUGUAUUUGUAAAAAAAAAAAAAAAAAAAAAAAAAGAAAAAAAAAAGGACAAAAAAAUCCCCGCAAGAAAACAACCCCCAAAUCUGAUAACAAAACCAAGCAAAACUGUGCCUUCUAUUUAUCUUUGAUUCCGGUCCUGGCAAUUGUUGAAAGAAAAGUAAUAAAGAUUCUAGAUUUGUUUUCAGAUUCAGAGUAUGUGGGGGAACUGUAGAAUUUUUUUGAUCACGUGUAUGUGUCGUGUUAACAUUGUUCUGCCUUAUCCUAAAAUCACGCCUCAGACUGGACCGCUUUUGAGGAAGGUGCUUCUGUGAGGCCUCUGACCUCAGUGGCUGACAGCCACGUUCUACUCUGCUGUCUGUUGGGUUCCUGAUGGGUCCCUCAGAAGGAUUUGGCUUGAAUCUCGGACUUGGCUAAUGUGCUCCAGGGUCUGCAUUUUUUUUUUCUUUAAAUCAUAGCCAUAUGGUAAAUUUUCUAUUUUGUUACGGUUCUCUUACUGAUGGACAUGCAGUGGGUGUUCUUGGAAAAGGCCAAUUUUUAUUAAAAUAUUUCUGGAAGAAAACUUCA